AUGACGACCAUGGCUUCCAGAAAGACCAUAUCUAUCCACGAUUAUCCGGAGCACCUGAAUCCCUUCCGAGAAGACGAUAACCACAAUAAAAUAAGGUUCUGGACAAUAGGACGAAAGAGAUCUAACAGCAUUAAUUUCACGGGGAUUAAGGAGUUGAAAAAUUCUUGGGCCCUGCGAUCCUUUAUGAAAAAAGGGAAAAAGAGUGAGCAAACACCUAUUCCCAUAUCUACACCAAGUAAGCCUACUAACCAACUAAAUGGAGAUAGCAGUCCUAUCGUCUUCAGAAGAGCUAUGCAGUACUCUUCAAUGUCCAGAAGUACAAUUUCUUCACCGGGAACUGACCGCUAUGUGUAUGGCGGUUCCAUAACGCCAUUGCCACGUUCACGGUUUCAAGAACGUCUCCGAAGUUCACAGCAAGAUGUUAACAUUUCUCCUAGUGCUACGCCACGAAUGGCUCGCAGUGAGAUAAUGGGUUCCAGAUUGAGUGUAGUAAGCACCAACCCCUUCGAGGAAGCGCCGAUACCCCCCGUUCGCGCUUCUCGAAGAAAGAAGAACCGCGCUCCGCCACCGCCGCCAGCUAACGAGGUUGCUUCAGACGAUUCGAUUAACUCAUCGAUUGAUUCAGAACUGCGCAUUACUGAAACUGAAAAUAAGAAAACAGAUGGUGUUGUUGAUGAUUUAGAUGAGUUAAACCUUAAAAUUGAACUUAAAAUAGUUGAGGAUGAAGAUCAAUCUCACACAGAAAGCAAAGUUAGUCCGAAAGUUGCUUAUACAGAAGAAAGUGAACCCUCUCAACAAACGAGUCUAAACAACAAUGAUAUAACGGAGACAGAGGAGAAAGGUGAAAAAACAUCAGAGAAUUUAAACAUAGUGAAUAAUUCUGAUUCCGAAGAUGACAUUCUCAAGAAAGUUUCAUUUCCAAAAGUUAAUAUAAAUAGGUAUAGAAGAAACUCUAGCGUUAAUGAAGAUGAUGUAAGAUUGCGAAGAGGUAACUUGGAAGAUUACAAUCUUUCGAAUAAACGGAGCAAGAGCUUAACAAAUACAAUCGAUGGAAGUUAUGCCAUAUACGAUAUCAAUUUAAAUGAUAACAAUGUUGACGAAAACAGUAACCAAGAACCACAGAAAGUUAUUUGUAAAGUUUAUGAGGAUCGCAAGCAAAGUAUCGAUAAUUCCGUAUCGAGCACCGAAAAGGAAUUUAUAGAAAUAGACAAAGCUACUAGAGAACUGGAAAGGGAAAUCAGUAAAUUAAAUUCAGCGUUAAACGACGAUGACUUAUCGAUCAACGAUGGACGUCUUUCCGUUUCUGAUAUAAAACGUAAAUUCGAUCGCAGUGACAUGUCAUCACCGAACCCGAUACCAAAGCCUAGAAGAAGUCACUACGGUGGAUCUAGUUCACCGAUUAAUAAUCCAGAAACAUAA